UCUUUCUUUGGCAACUGCAACCCCAUCAAACAAACAGUAGCCAUUUAUCUCCUGCCUUUUAUGCUUCCAUACCCAAAAAUCAUCCAAAACAAAAUCUUUCUCUGUCUAAAAUGGCCCAGAUGGACCAGAAAUUUAUGUACCGCACAGGAGAAAAACAAAACCAAAUACAAAAUGAAAAUCCCCCCUUUCUGCCAAAUAAAAAUACAAAGGAAAAAAAAAAUAAAAAGGAAACAUGGAAAGCUAAGACAGAUAGAAGGAAAGCUGGAUAGAUAUGUCUUCAAUUGUCCUCCAACCACAGAGCUCGCUCUCUCUAAAAAGAAAAACUUCUUAAUUCCCACAUUUGCCCUUCCUGUAUCCCAUCUUCCAUCACUCAUUCAACUCAAAACUCUCUCCCGUUCUUCAUGGGCCUUUUCGGGAAUACCAGACCAGAUACACCCCAACUUUCUCUGUCCUCCCCCUCUUCCUUAUUAUUAUUAGCAUUACCCAUUUCUAUCUCCCUUAUCUGGCUCAAUCCUGGAUUUUCUUGUUCUUUACUUUCUCUCCAAGUUUUGGUUUUGGAAUCGUCAAGAAGCUAAUAAAGACAAGGGCUUUUUUCGGUUCUUGGAAUUUUCUUUCUUUUUUUUUUCUUCUUCUCCUAAUUGGAAUUGGAGAUUGUUUUCUGGGUUAUAAAUUUUAGGGCAAAAGAUUUUCUUUUUUGCAAAGAUAGAAGGGCUUCAGAGUUUUCUGCAAAAUAUCUGAUAUACUUUCCUGAUAAGUUUUUUAAUUGUGUUUUUUUUUUAAUUGGGGUCUCAAUUUUGAUAAUUAAGAUGAAAAGGUCUUCUCUAAAUUCUCAUCGGCAAUAUAACUCUGUUGAUGAGGAAGCUAGGGCGAGAUUGAAGCAUCAAAACCUACUGCAGGAGUUCUUGGAAUUGCAAAAGGAAUUUGUGUCAAAGAAGAAAAAAAUGCAGACAGUGAACCAGAAGCGAGAAACCCUUUUGGCUGAAGUUCGAUUUUUAAGACAGAGGUACAGCUAUUUAUCAAUGAUCAAGUCUCAAGAAUAUGAACGACAGCAAGAUUCUGUUCAACCACAAAACCCUUACUUGCAAAGCAAAAUAGCUAAGAAUUACGGCAUCAAUGAAGCUGUUGAGAGAAGACCGAGUUCUCUUCCAGAUUUAGACCCAAAUGUGGUUCAUGAGAAACGGGGUGGGAGAAGUCAAGUAGAUGUUCAGGCCCCGUUGAGAAAGGAGAAGAAGCCCAAAAACUGUGUGAUUAAUGGCAAAAGAGUUGGGAAGAAGAAAAUCUCAUGGCAAGAUCAGGUGGCUUUGAAGGUCUAAUGAAUAAUAAGUAAUGUUUUCACACACAGUUUAGCAGUGAACUGAGGUGGGGACAAGAGUUAACUGUACCCCUGAAAAACUUUGGAUUGGCAUUUCAACAGAGUAUUACUAUCAUUGCCUCUUUCACUUAUUUCUUCAAUGUUAACUGUAAAUCAGGGCAAAUUUGCUCAGUCUAGCAUAUAUGAAUAUAGUGGAUUGGUCAUUUGUCAAAAGUGAAUAAAAAAUCCUCUUUCAAA